AUGGCAACUAAUAAUAAACGAUGUUCAUCAGGUACUGCACCAACAACACGUGCGCAAUCUCUUAGUUCUUUGAAACAAACUUCAACAUUAUCUCGCUCGAAAACAUGUGGAUUUACCGGUACAACAUCAUUAAAAUCUAAACUUGAACCACUUCCACAAAAUAAAACUCCAGAUUUAAAAGCAGAAACACUUCCUGAAAAUGCACAUAAACUUCAUCCAGCAAUGGUAAAUGAACUUAGUUUUCAUGCUCGAAAUCUUACUACAACACCAAUUUUAUCUCAAUUUAAUAAACUGCAAAUAUUGGAUCUUUCAUGUAAUAAUCUAACUCAUAUUGAUAAUUUAAGAACUUUGACGAAUUUACGUGAAUUGAAAUUAUAUGGAAAUAAAAUUGAACAAAUUGAGAAUCUUGAUUGUUUAACUCAAUUACAAACUCUUCAAUUGCAAUAUAACGAUAUUGAAAAAAUCGGUUUUGGUCUUGUAUAUUUAACUCGUUUACAAUUACUUCGUAUAGAUUCUAAUAAUUUAACAUCUAUUCGAUCAGAAGAAAUAUCAAAAUUAUCACAACUUAAAAUUCUUGAUGUAUCCGAUUGUUCAAUAGAAAAUCUCGAUUUUAUCAAUUCACUUCCAUCUAUAACAGAAUUACGUGCAAAUCAUUCUUAUAUAAGAACUUUACCAAAUCAAAUUCGUAAUCUUCGAUUUUUAACUGAUCUUGAUUUAUCAAAUAAUCAACUUACAAAUAUAACAUCAAUAAAAACCUUAUCAGCAUUACAUUUACUUCGUUUAACAAAUAAUCAUAUUCAAGAUAUACAAAUAAUAUCACAUCUUACGCAUCUAAGUGAACUUUAUUUAGCUAAUAAUCAAAUUACUUGUUUACCGAAUUCAUUUCAUAAACUUAUUGAAUUACAAUGUUUAGAUAUAUCAAAUAAUUCUAUUCAAUCUUGGAAAGAUAUUGAUGUACUUGGUCGAAUGAAUUCACUUUUUCUGUUACAUAUAAAUGGAAAUCCUUUACUAUCCGAUGAAGAAAAUUAUAUUGAUAAAUUAUCAAAACUUUGUUCAUCGUUAGAAAUAAUUGAUAAUGUUAGUGUACAAACCGGUGAUAUAAAUAUUGCUCCAACUGAAUCAUAUGAACAAUUAAUGAAUAUUGAUAAAGAAUUAAAAGAUGUUGAUCAAUCACUUGAAAAAUCCAUUACAAAUAUUCAAGACCAAUUUCAUACAAUUAUAAACGAUUUACAAAAACUUAGCGAAUGGUACAACGAUGAAUUACCAACUAAUCAUUCACCAGAAACAAAUACAUCACAUAGAAAUUCAAAACAUCGUCUUUUUCAAGCAUUGACAUUCAGUGAAGAAAAUUAUCAAAACUAA